AUGGCUCCAUUCACGGAACACAAUGGCGAUUCCUCAACCGGUAAGUCUCAAAGAUCAACUCCGACACCGUUUAUCACCAAGACGUACCAGAUCGUUGAUGAUCGCACCAUCGACGACGUCGUUUCGUGGAACGAUACUGGAACUUCCUUCGUCGUUUGGAACACUACCGUUUUCGCCACGGAUUUGCUUCCUAAAUAUUUCAAGCAUAAUAACUUCUCCAGCUUCGUUCGUCAACUCAAUACUUAUGGAUUUAAAAAAGUUGUGCCUGAUCGGUGGGAAUUGUCUAAUGAAUUCUUUCGAAGGGGUGAGAAACGCCUUCUAUGUAAUAUUCAGCGCCGGAAAAUCGUUUUAAAAUCGCUGCCGGUAGCUUCCAAAGUUGUUGAAGCCGUUUUGUCUCCGCCACAUUCGGUUUCAAUUCCGAUUGCUGAGCCGAUCGUAUCACCGUCAAUUUCGGGAGUAGAGCAGGUGAUUUCAUCGGAUUCGUCGCCGUUUGAGUAUGCCGCGCUAUUCGAAGAGAACGAGAGUCUUACAAAGGAGAACAUGCAUUUAAGAACGGAAUUAGAGGAUACGAAGUCUCUCUUCAAUAAUAUAUUCAAUCUUAUGUCUAAUUAUGCGAAAUUUCAAGCGGAAAGCGAUGCAAAAGGAAAAGACUGUCGCUCGAUGGCAAUGAAGACGCUUAAUUUAUUGCCGGAGAAACGGUACGUUGGAGAAGAUACGGCGGCGGUGGUUGUUGAUGAUAAUUAUCCGAAGCUGUUUGGGGUGGUGAUUGGUACGAAACGAGCGAGAGAAGAUGGAAAUUGUGUUGAGGAUAAUCCAGUGAUCAGCCUGGACGAGAAAUCAGGUUCUUUAGAUUUACAGAACGGCGUAAAGAGAUUUCCCUACCUAUUGUGCUGUCUUGAAAAAUGA